AUGAUUGAUCUCCCUCCGCAGGCGGCGACUCAGGUGCCUGCUAAUACCCCCGUCUACAAGGACGAGUGCAUGUUCACGUUCGACACCCCCGAGCUGAACGCCGAAGGGCUCGACGUCGACGUCAUCACUUACCGGGGCUACGCCCGAACCAGCCAAAACAAUUUCACUGGCGACAACUAUGCCCGGACGGGGAACCGCUACUAUUUGAAUAUCCGCAAACAGCGUAAGCCCGAGGCGCCGCUGGCGCUUGUGGGUGCUGGUGGCGACGGCGAGAAGCCCGCCAAGCUCCAGAAGCUUGCCGUGAAAGAUAUUGCCGAUGAAGACGUGUGGGACUAUUUGUACCGUGUUUACGAUGCGGAAACUGACCAAUACUUCCCUCUCCUGGACCUUUCGGAGCCGUUUCAACGGCUUGUGGCCCUGAUUAUUGAGGCGAAGCUGAGCACGCGCCAGGACGAGAUUCUGACGUGGGAACACGAAAUCGGCGUCUGUCCUCACUCCAUCGACAUUGUCCAACACCCCAUUGAGCCGUUGCCGUCGUUAAAACACUGUGGCCAGUGUGAUUUGACGCAAAACUUGUGGAUCUGUUUGGAGUGUGGUACCCUUGGUUGUGGCCGCCAGCAGUUUGGUCUGGACUUACCGGGUAACUCUCACGCAUUAGCCCACUAUGAAACCACCAAACAUCCCGUCGCCGUCAAAUUGGGCCUGCUUAGCGCCAGUGGCGGCUACGACGCCUACUGCUACCAGUGUAACGACGAAGUGAAAGUACCCCGUAUUGGCGAGUGGCUCGCCACUUUUGGGAUCAAUCUAGCCGAUACAAACGCCACGGAAAAGCUGUUGGUGGAGUUGAACAUCGAACAAAACCUCAAAUGGGAUUUCUCGUUGGACGGGGCUGAUGGCGCUAAAUACCCACCAGUAUUCGGUAAGGACUUCACGGGGAUGGCCAAUUUGGGCAAUCUGUGCUAUUUAAAUUCAGUGGUGCAGUUAUUAUACUCUACCGAGCACUACCGCCAGUUCUUUCUGAAACUUGAGUUUGACACUAUGGUCAGCGAUCCCGCCCACGAUUUGCCCACACAAUUGUAUAAGUUGUAUGAUGGGUUGUGGAACGGUCGGUUCCUGGUCCCCGUGCCUCCUGAGAACUACCAGGCGGGGAUUAAGCCCCACCAGUUCAAACAGCUUAUCGGGGCCAACCACCCGGAGUUCCAGACGAUGAAACAACAGGACGCCUACGAAUUCUUGACCUACUUGGUGGAUACCGUCGACAAACAGUGGGGGCUCGAGCUUAACCGUCCUUUGAAGUUUUUGUGGGGUCAAAAAGUGGUGUGUACUGCCUGUCGCCAUGGCCGCAUUACUGAGGAAUUGGUGGAUACAGUGAUGGUCCCCAUCGUUAAGGGGGAGAAUCGUGGUUUAGUCGAUGGCUUUACGGAACUUCUGACCCCAGAAACCAUUGAAGGAUUCCACUGUGACCAUUGUAAGCAGUCUACCACUGCCAUUACUGCCAAGGGGUUUGUCACUUUCCCUGACUAUUUAGUGGUUGCAGCUCAACGGAUAGCCCUUGAAAACUGGGUCCCCGUCAAAGUGGAAACUCCCAUUGCCGUGCCUUAUACCCUAGAUGUCACCAACUUUGCUGCCCCCGCCAUGGCCGAAGAUGAAGUUGAGCUCGCUCCCGUAGCUUCUGGAGCUAAAGACGACUCUGUGCCUGAGUUCUUGCCCCUGGCGGAUGCUCUCAGCAUGCUUACGGCGAUGGGGUUCCCUGAACCGCGGUGUAUUAAAGGGUUAUACCAUACCGGUAACGCCGAUGCUGAGGCCGCCAUGAACUGGAUCUUAGCCCAUAUGGACGACCCCGAUAUUGAUCAACCGUUGGACUUGAGUAAGAACGCUUCUAGCGGUUCUGGUGGUCCUCAAGUGGAUGCUGAAUUAGUGGCUACCGUCAGUUCGAUGGGGUUCUCGCAACAGCUUGCCACCAAGGCGCUUUAUUUGAAUGGUAACGAUGCGAACGCCGCGGUGGAAUGGUUAUUCGCUCACCCUGAUGAUGAUGGCGUUAUCGACGAAGGUAAACCUCAAAGAGACGUCGCCGCUGAGUGCCGUGAACUCAGAUUAGCGCUUCAAGGUCAAGAUCCGGGUGCGGGACAAUACCGCGUGAAAGCAGUGGUGUGUCAUAAAGGUACGCUGCCUCAUACGGGUCACUACGUGGUGUUUAUUCGUCAAAUUGUUGAUGGUACCGAAAAAUGGGUGUUGUAUAAUGAUGAAAAAGUGGUGGAGAUCACCGACGAUACUGUCGCCGUGGGUGACCCUGAAGAUAUUCGCAACAAUGGGUACAUCUACUUGUUUGAAAAGGUAAAGUAG